GGAAGAGAUGGUGGGUGCGUUCAUGCUGCGGCUCCUGUUACUGGUAAGAAGAAGAAAAAAACUGGUAAAAGUUUAGCCAGCUAAAUACAGCUAAUUUAUUCAUUGAUUCGCGUCUCUGAAGAGGAGCGGAACUCUUCAAGCCCCUGAGGACUGUGGGUACGGAGGGCAGCAGCCAUGUCCGGCUCCUACGAUGACUCCAUGGUCGACGUCUCCAGUGACAGCUUCUGGGAGGUGGGGAACUACAAGCGGGCAGUGAGGCGGGUGGACGAUGGCAGUCGCCUGUGUAACGACCUGAUGAACUGUCUCCAUGAGCGGGCGCGCAUCGAGAAGUCCUACGCACAGCAGCUCACAGAGUGGUCCAAACGCUGGAGACAGCUUAUAGAGAAGGGCCCUCAGUACGGGACCCUGGAGCGGGCGUGGGGUGCCCUGUGCACGGAGGCGGAGAAGGUGAGCGAGCUCCACAUGGAGGUGAAGGCAGUGCUGAUGGGGGAGGACUUUGAGAAGCUCAAGGUGUGGCAGAGGGACUACUACCACAAACAGAUGAUCGGAGGCUUCAAGGAGACCAAGGAGGCUGACGAUGGCUUCCGCAAGGCCCAGAAACCCUGGGCCAAGAAACUGAAAGAGAUGGAGACGAUGAAGAAGGCGUACCACGGGGCCUGUAAGGAAGAGAAGCUGGCCACCAGCCGGGAGAACAACAGCAAGCUGGAGAACAACAGCAACCCUGAGGCCCAGAAGAAAAUGCAGGACAAGGUGGAGAAGUGCCAGCAGGAGAUGGAGAAGACUAAGGAGCGCUAUGAGAAGUCUCUGGAGGAGCUGGACAAGGUGACUCCCCAGUACAUGGAGAACAUGGAGCAGGUGUUUGAGCAAUGGCAGCAGUUUGAGGACAAACGCAUCACCUUCUUCAAAGAACUUCUGCUGGAAGUCAAGCAUCACCUCGACCUCUCCACUAAUCACAAAUUCCAGACAGUCUACCACACGUUGGAGGACACUAUCUCUGCUGCUGACGCUGUGGAGGACCUCAAGUGGUUCCGCUCCAACCACGGUCCUGGCAUGCCCAUGAACUGGCCCCAGUUUGAGAAUGUGGACUGGUCCCGCUCCUCUAGGUCCAGAAGGUCCAUUGUAGACUGGUCCAUAGAUUUGAACCGUACACUGAGUCGGCGAGAGACUAAGAAGAAGCCCUCCGAGGGAAUCACCCUGACGGGCAUCAGCCAAAUGGAAGAGCAGCAGGCAGCCAAGAGCAGCAGCAGCCUGACUGUGCCCACUAGCACAGAGCCGGUGGGUUCGAACCCCUUCGAGGAUGACGACGACGAGGAUCUCCAGGGGACCGAGAAGGAACAGCCCGCUGUCGUCAACAACAACAACAGCAGCAGUCCGCUCAAUGUCAAAAAAGUGGAGGAAGUGAAAACCGCCAGUAGUGUGGAGAAGUCGCGAGAGUGGUCGGAUGAGGAGACUGGGGUAAACCCGUUUUCCAUUGAGGAUGCCAACGGCGAUGGGAACCCGUUUGAGGUGGAGCCGGCGUCCUCGGGGGUGUCUGUGGCCGUGCGUGCCCUCUACGACUACGAAGGACAGGAGCAGGAUGAACUCAGCUUCAAAGCAGGUGAGGAGUUCACCAAGAUAGGAAACGAGGACGACCAGGGCUGGUGCAGAGGGCGCCUGAAAGACGGCGUGGUGGGCCUCUACCCCGCCAACUACGUAGAAGACAUCCAAUAAUGACCGAGCGAGGGACGAGGAGGAAAACGAGAGAGAGGAUGGGGUGAAGAGGAAAAAGAAAGUGGAGGAGAUGGGGCAGGAGGGUGGGCAUGGUAGGCCUCGCAUUUGCCCCUCUCCCCCUACGUGAGUGAGUGAGUGAGUGAGUGAGUGAGUGAGUGAGUGAGUGAGUGAGUGAGUGAGUGAGUGAGUGAGUGAGUGAGUGAGUGAGUGAGUGAGUGAGUGAAAGGGGUGGCAGAAGGAAGGGGUUUGCCCAUCGAAGAGGAUGAUGUUGUAGCUCUCUGUUGUAUCUUCCUGGAUCCCAUGUCGUUAAGCACAGAUCUUCCUACAACUACAGCCUGCCCUCAUUGUCAGCCUUUAUGAUGGGACACCCAGUACAGAGUCUAAAGCCUGCUGCAAAAGCAAAUGUUACUUAAAGCCAUUACUGUUACAGAAGAAAAUAUAUAAAAAGCUAUUUUGAAACAUGUUACCUUCCAAUUGUAGCUUGAAGUUAUGAAGACGUUGAAAGAAUUAACCGAUUUAAAAGAUGUGAACAGACAUGGGAGAGGAUAUACAUGUGUCUCAUUCACGAGGUCUAGCACAUUUUAGAUUUGAUUUGAAACUGAUUGGAGACCUAAAAGUAAUCUCAGUUGAAUCUUUUAAUUCAUUUUUGUCAUAGACAAUUGGUGAUACACACACCAACUUGCAGUCCAGGAUCUGAUUUGGUAGUCUUAUGUUGAAAUAAGGGGAAUUCCUAAUUGUAUGUUAUUUCUUGCUCUGUUUUGAGCGUCCUUCACCCCAUCCUUUUGACAGUAAUCAAGGUUUUAUUUUUUUCCCACACGAAAGCCAUUUGUCUGAAAUAUCAGAACCUACAACCCCGUUUUCUUAUUUGACUUUUCAAAUCUUUUGAGAAAAGGGUUUGGAAUUCAUGGCAGUGCCGGUUCAGAACAAUUGUCUUUCUUAUCUGAUGCUUAUAGUUCAGAUUUGUCUUGUUAUGCCUUUUUUUGUAUUUUAAAUCUGAUUUGUGUUUGGCUCAGCGAAUAGUUGAUGAAUGAGAGAAACCGAGAUGAUGAAUUAUAUCCAGUUCUUCCACCGUCACCAACCAGCCUGGUCUCAGAGCAUUUCAUAUUAUUCUGUAAAUGCUCUGAUACCAUGUUGCGCCAAUCCACAUUUUAACAAUAAGUGACGCAUUCAGAAGUUCUCCUGUAACCUUUACCCCUCAACUUUAAUUGAUUGUAUAUUCUUUAAUUGUUUCAUUGUAUCGGCUCACCUAUUGAUUGUACACGUUUGCUGGUCAUUCUAGUAUCAGGGACAUUCACCAGGGCACAUAGGGCUCUGGCCAAACGUAGCACACUAUGUAGGGCAUAGGGUGCCAUUUGUGACAGCCUCUAUUCACUCAAUUGACUUCACAUUCUGUUGGUAGAUUCUUACAUGUUGUUUUGUUUUUCCACACUGAAUGCUUGGCAAUAAGGUGUGUCACUUGAAGCUAGGAGCUUUAGCUGUAGCUUGCUUGGCAAUAAGGUGUGUCACUUGAAGCUAGGAGCUUUAGCUGUAGCUUGCUUGGCAAUAAGGUGUGUCACUUGAAGCUAGGAGCUUUAGCUGUAGCUUGCUUGGCAAUAAGGUGUGUCACUUGAAGCUAGGAGCUUUAGCUGUAGCUUGCUUGGCAAUAAGGUGUGUCACUUGAAGCUAGGAGCUUUAGCUGUAGCUUUCUUGGCAAUAAGGUGUGUCACUUGAAGCUAGGAGCUUUAGCUGUAGCUUGCACUGGAUGUCCAUUCAAAGCUUUGGGAGAAAAUACUUUUUUUGUGGCAGCAAAACAGUGUUGCACGUUCAGCAAUAAAAAACACAGCUUUUACUGUUUUUCACAAACUAGAGGGUCCGAUUUAAUAAAAGUAUGUUUGCAUGUAAAUAGCGAGGAACCUAUGAACAAAUUUAAGCAGUUAUAGAUUAGGGAGUUGUGAUUUAAAUUUCUAUUUGGAAAUCAAAGACUGUUAAUUUAUAAGAUGCCUAAAGUGCUUUUGUUCUCUGUCAGAUGAAAUGCUGUGAUUCGGAAACAAAUCCAUUUGUACAAUAAUUGAAUGUUUUAUGGCGAAUGUCUCGUGAAUUUGCUGUCUUGUUGCGUUUGUAAAUAUAAUGUAGUAUCUCCAGAGGGGCCAGAGCCUACUUAUGAUUAGUAAUUGACAAAUAGCUGUGAGAUUAUAUUUCUCAUUUUCUUUUAAAAGUUAAUGAUUGACAAACACACCCUUAACGCCACCACAUGUGCAUUACCAGUAUUGGCAAACUAUCUGUUAUUUAGGACCUAUCCCAAUUCCCAUCUCGAGUAUAGGUUUCUCCUAUUGGGAGGUGACGUUAUGGCUCUUACAUUGUUGUGAGUACAUUAUUUAGCAAACACUGUUUACGCAUGAUGCUCCUGGAAAUAUCCCCUACAUUUUAUGCCUACAACCGCAUAUCAAAAGAAGGAAGAUUGAUUUUGUUUGAUAUUAGUUUUCUGUCAAUGUGAGAGGUUAUGCUGUGCGUUUCAGGUCAUGAGAUGUAUAUCAUUGGUUUCAGGUCAUGCCAUCAACAGAACACUGCAGCAGCUUUACUUGCACAACUCAGUUUGCCAAUGUUAUCCCACAGCAUACAUUAUAAAUGAAUUGAACAAAAA